AUGCCGUCUCACCCAGUAGAACAAAUAACCUCGCCGUCGAGUUGGGCUCUGGUUGAAGAUAAAUUCACACCAUACGGCAAAGAAACGCUCGCGAAACUCAUCAGUUUCGUUAACGAAGAAUGUAUUCCAGCACAAAAGGUUGCGCGAGCACAACUACCAGAAGAUCCUGAGAAACGAUGGAAGACAGUCAUUCCUGUCGUCGAGGAUUUGAAGGUGAAGGCGAAGAAACUCGGGUUGUGGAAUCUCUUUCUGAGCAAGGCUCAUUAUCCUGAAUUUGGUGUGCCAUUAACCAAUCUGGAAUACGCCGUCAUGGCGGAGAUUCUUGGUCGGGGUGGGCAAAUUGCCUCUGAAGCGGUUAAUUGUUCCGCCCCGGAUACAGGCAAUAUGGAGGUUCUUGCGCGCUAUGGCUUUCCAGAGCAACAGAAGAAAUGGCUUGUUCCAUUGCUUAACGGCGAGAUACGAUCCGCAUUCUCAAUGACGGAACGGUUUGUGGCUUCAUCGGACGCAACGAACAUCCAGACGUCUAUUCGACGCGAAGGCAAUGAGAUUGUCAUAAAUGGACAUAAAUGGUACAUCAGUGGCGCCGGAGACCCCAGGACAAAACUGCACCUUGUCAUGGGCAAGAGUGACCCGACAAACCAGAACACUCAUCUGCAACAAAGCGUUGUGAUUGUUCCGGUUGACACUCCUGGAGUGAAAGUCAUCAGACCAAUGCGUGUCUUUGGUUAUGAUGACGCACCUGAGGGACACUGCGAGGUGGUUUACGAGAAUGUGCGCGUACCGCUUUCUAAUCUUGUCCUUGGUUGGGGCCGGGGCUUUGAGAUUAUUCAAGGCCGUCUUGGACCUGGAAGGAUCCACCACUGUAUGCGUUGCAUUGGUGUUGCUCAAAAGGCAUUGGAUACUAUGAUCCUUCGGGUCACAGAUCCGUCUAGGAAGACCUUUGGAAAGUAUUUGUAUCAGCAUGGCACUGUCAUCUCCAAUAUCGCACAGUCGCGAGCCGACAUCGAGGGCGCACGUUUGCUCGUGCUCAGCGCUGCACUUCAAAUUGACAAAUAUCACGCGAAGGGCGCUUUGAAAGAAAUUGGCAUGGCCAAGUUCGUCGUGCCAUCAAUGGCUUUAGAGGUAGUUGACCGUGCAAUCCAAGUAUUCGGCGCCGAGGGUGUGAGCCAAGAUCAAGAACUUGCGCAGCUCUGGGCAGGUCUUCGGACUCUUCGGUUGGCUGAUGGUCCCGACGAAGUACAUCAACAGCAAAUCGGCCAGCGUGAACUAAAACGCGCUCCGGAACUCGUAAAACGAGCAGAAGCAACAAAGAAAAAGGAAGCAGAGCUACUCAAGAAGUAUCAGGUCAAAGCGCAUCUUUAAAAUGUUCUUGAUUCGUCGGAAUGGGAUAUGCUUGUUGUCAUUUCUUGGUCAAUUACCUGUCUGUAGUGACAGUGAUAGUUUCUUGAUGUAUUAAUACGAUGUAGUGGGAAGA